CACCCACACUCAUCUCAACUCUCAACUAUAUAAAGUAUAAACAACACAACAUCCCACCAACAAAGCAUCAAAUAAUCUCCACCAAAAUGAGGCAUUCCACAUCCACGCAUUCUCUAAUAGCUUUGUUUCUUUUGCUAGCCACAACCAAUGCGACGGUUGUAGUCCCUAACAGUGCUCAAAAGAAAGCAAGAAGCUUCGCAAGCCAAUUCCUGGUUCCCCAGAACGCGGCACGUGCGUUGGUGAGGCUGCGGCCGCUGGUGUGGGACCCCAAGCUCACACGCUACGCCCAAUGGUACGCCAACCAGAGGCGCAACGACUGCGCCCUCCACCACUCCAACGGGCCUUAUGGUGAGAACAUAUUCUGGGGCAGUGGCACGGGCUGGAAGCCCGCACAGGCCGUUAGCGCUUGGGUUGAAGAGCGCCAAUGGUACAAUUAUGCCCAAAAUUCUUGUGCCGAUGGGCAGAUGUGUGGCCACUACACUCAGGUUGUGUGGAGGAGCACCACCAAAGUUGGUUGCGCCAGCGUUGUGUGUUCUGGUGGUAAGGGUACCUUCAUCACUUGUAACUAUGAUCCUCCUGGCAACUACUAUGGAGAAAGACCUUAUUGAAAUUAAAACACUCUAAUUAUAUAUAUUCCCUCUAAAUCUAGAGAGGCUACUGAGACAACCAAUAAUGUCAUGGGAUCCUACGCUCGCUUAGUAUUGUUUCUGUUUACCAUGUGGCCCUGUCUCACGUACCUACUUUCUAUCCCUCUUUUUAUUGCUUGCCUAAUAUAAAAUCUAAUGUUAUUCAAUGCUUGCUGCUA